ACGGUGUUUGACAGCAUCGGGAUGUGUGGUUUUGGUGGUGGUGGGAGCAGCAGCAGCCAGAAGAGGUUGAUGUAUAACGAUGAUGAGGAUGAAUCUCCCACCAUGGAAAUGGUGGAGCUUGGUGCUGGAAGAACAAGAAAUGUGCUUAUUUUGAUGAGUGAUACCGGUGGUGGCCACCGUGCUUCCGCCGAGGCCAUCCGUGACGCUUUCAAGAUUGAAUUUGGCGACCGAUACAGGAUAUUUAUCAAGGAUGUUUGGAAAGAAUACACGGGUUGGCCGUUAAACGACAUGGAAAAUCAAUACAAGUUCAUGGUUAAACAUGUCCAGCUAUGGAACGUUGCGUUUCAUGGAACUUCUCCUCGUUGGAUACACAACGUUUAUCUUGCUGCCUUUGCCGCCUUCUACGCCAAGGAGGUUGAAGCUGGUUUAAUGGAGUACAAGCCAGACAUCAUCAUCAGUGUUCAUCCUCUUAUGCAACACAUUCCUUUGUGGGUUCUCAAAUGGCAAGGCUUAGACAAGAAAGUUAUCUUUGUGACAGUUAUUACAGAUCUUAAUACAUGCCAUCGCACAUGGUUUCAUCCUGGGGUCGACCGAUGCUAUUGCCCUUCAAAAGAGGUAGCAAAGCGAGCUUUGCUAGAUGGCCUAGAAGAAAGUCAAUUGCGAGUGUUUGGUUUGCCUAUUCGACCCACUUUUACCCGUGCUGUCCUCAACAAGGAUGAGUUGAGGGUAGAGUUGGAAUUGGAUCCGAAACUACCGGCGGUCUUACUGAUGGGAGGUGGUGAAGGUAUGGGCCCUGUGAAAAAGACCGCGAUGGCUCUUGGUGAAUCUUUAUUUGAUAAAGAAACCGGAAAACCAUUUGGCCAAAUGGUUAUAAUAUGUGGUCGAAACAAAGCUUUGGCAUCGUCUCUUGAAUCAUUAGAGUGGAAGAUCCCUGUUAAGGUUAGAGGAUUUGAGAAGGAGAUGCAGAAAUGGAUGGGUGCUUGUGACUGCAUUAUAACCAAAGCGGGACCUGGUACAAUUGCGGAGGCAUUGAUCAAAGGGCUUCCGUUGAUCCUCAACGACUAUAUUCCAGGACAAGAGAAAGGAAACGUACCUUAUGUGGUGAAUAAUGGGGCCGGUGUUUUCACCCGAAGCUCAAAGGAGACAGCUAGGAUAGUGGCCGGAUGGUUCAGUACCAAUGCGGACGAGCACAAAAGAAUGGCGGAAAAUGCACUUAAACUUGCUCAACCAGAGGCGGUUUUUGACAUAGUGAGGGAUAUUCACGAGUUGGCAUGCCAACGUGGGCCACGCAACUUCCCAUACGUUCUAACUUCAUCAUUUUCGAGCCUAAUUUAGCCUGUUACGAUUACCUUAACUACCAUACUUGGUCAUGGAGGGCUUUCGGGUGUCGAGUUGUAUAUCGUUUGAUAUGGGUGUCAAAAUAUUUCACAUUUUGGCCAAGAAUACAACCUGCAAUAAUCG